AAAAUCUAUUCGAGAUUAGCCCUAUUAAAAUGAUUAAUGAUAGAAUUAGAAAGUUACAUCUGCAGAGAAACUUGUGCAUAUUGUGCAUAUGAAAUAUCACUUGAGGAAGAUUCUCUGAAAAGAGCGUUGCUGUCGAUAAAAUGGUGGAAACUAUUUACACCAGAUCAGUGUUCCGGCAUCAACAAAUUUGUUGCAAAUUUUUCAAUCCCCCUUUUAUCUUUCAAGGUAAUCUCAUCAAACAAUCCUUAUAAGAUGAACCUGAAACUGGUAUCUGCUGAUUUCCUUCAAAAGUUUCUUGCUCUCAUCAUACUGGCUGCAAUAGCCAAAAUAAGAUCCAGAGGGAGCCUGAGUUGGGUGAUAACGGGUCUCUCCUUGUCGACAUUGCCUAAUACAUUGAUAUUAGGACUCCCACUGAUAGAGGCUAUGUAUGGGAAAGAAGCAUCAACCCUCCUGGCCCAAAUAGUUGUAUUACAAAGCCUUAUUUGGUACAACCUUCUGUUAGUUCUUUUUGAGAUUAAUGCUACAGAGGAAUCCAUCAAUGCAACAUCAUCUUCAGAAGUAACAGGAGCAGUGGAGAGUCCACAAAGAGCAGAAGCAAUGAAUGUAGACGAGAAAGAUGAAGGAAUCAAAGAUCUGAGGAAAAGAAACAUAAAAAUUAUUAUCUCAACAGUAGGAAAGAAGCUUAUCAGAAAUCCCAACACAUAUGCCACCUUUGUUGGCAUUUUAUGGGCAUGCAUACAUUUCAGGUGGUCAGUAAAAUUGCCUAAAAUAAUUGAAAAUUCAGUUACACUAUUGUCAGAUGGAGGACUUGGAAUGGCUAUGUUCAGCUUAGGCCUAUUCAUGGCUUCACAACCCAGAGUGAUUGCCUGUGGUACCAGAAAAGCAGUAUUAGCCAUGGCGAUGAAGUUUCUAGUAGGCCCAUUGCUCAUGUCCGUGCCCUCAUUAGCACUUGGACUAAGAGGAACAUUACUUAAAGUUGCAAUUGUGCAGGUUCGUAAGUAUCAUUGUCUCUAG